GUUGCGGCGGCAGACAUCAUCUCACUGUUGUGGUGUCCAAUACCUUUAGUGAUUGGCCUUUCUGGCAUACACGUUUCUGGAAAAACAGCGGACUACAUUUGCAAAUUUUUUACUGGAUACUCGGUGACCUGUCUUACUGUUACGGUGACGUACCUAAGUUUGGUGGUUUUAGCGGUGGAGAGGUUUCAUGCCAUCGUCAAACCCUUUCACUCCACACUGACGUUCACGAACAACUAUAUGCGUUAUGUUAUCGGUUUGAUCUGGAUAACCGCAGUGGUACUUUCCUUGCCCGGGUUCCUUCUUAGCGAAUACGAUGAAAAGUUGGGAAGAUGCCUGGAUCCUUGGACUCUUGAGAAAGCAGGUUCACUCAAAUGGCUUUAUGUUAUGUCAUUGGUUGCGUCUCUCUCUUUCUCGGGUUGUUUGCUUUAUUGCUAUUUUCAGAUACUGAAAGGAAUAUUCAUUAACAGAACCGUUUGUUCAGCUGAAGCUGUAUCUUCAAGGCAGUCGAAUGCAAAGGAAAAGCGAAAACUGGCUUUAAUUUCUUUUACUGUCACAGUUGCUUACCAUUUGUGUUAUCUGCCAUUUUUGGUGUUUGAGCUCUACAUAGCUUUUCAACCUUAUCAGGCAAUUUUGGACAACUACGAAGAUUUGUACAAAGUUUAUCGAGUCGUUGGGUUUGUUAUGUACGUAAAUUCAUGUUUGAAUCCGUUUUUUUAUGGCUUUCAGAGCUCAAAUUACCGAAAGAACUUUGUACGACUCUUUACUAGAAAAACAAAGUUAGAUAACAACAGAAUCUCGUCCAGGUAAAGCAUUACCCUAAGGAUGUUGUUUCUUCUCAAAAAAAGGAAAACAAGGCAAUUUUAUAGCACUGUGAACAUCACUAUUAUGAAGUUCAAGUUAAUUAAGGAUUUCAAUUUAUAAUUGAUGUGUUUUAAUAUUUUUACCAUGUCGCGGUUUGUGAAGCGUCAUAAAGGAACUGUUAAAUUAGUUCAUUUCUCAGAACCUUUAGCACUGUCAUAUUUUCGGUAACUUUGUACUAAGUAGCUCAGAUAAAGGUUUCCGUUUUUUUUCGUUUUUUCUUUCUUUCUUUCUUUUUUUUUUUUUGCUAAAGCGAA